AUGCUCGUCGACUACUCGGACUCGGAUAGUGACGGAGAGACUAUUCCAGCUCCCAUUCCCACCCCAAAAGCCGCGCCCAAACCCUCCUUCCAAGCGACAUCAGGCAAGAUCAAAGUCGACCUUCCCAGCAUCCGUCCCGAUCCCACCGCCGCGCCAGAUGAACCUCCGGCGAAGAAGGCGCGGACAGCGGGAGCAUUCAGCGGUAUCAAUAGUUUCUUGCCCGCUCCCAAGAGGACAGCUGCACAGAAUGCGCCGAAGAAGGGCGUCAGCUUGAAGACGAGUAGUGAGGCUGCGUUCAGUCGCGAAGUGCCACAAUACGAUGCGCCAAUGCCUGGUGAAGGCUUUCUAAAAGAUGACGAAAAGAAGGAGCAAGAGGUCAAAUUGAUUGGAAAGGCCACGCGAUUUCUACCCUUGAGCGUGUCGAGUAAGAAGAAGAAGAAACCUGUACUGCCCAAAGCAGCGCCGAUAGGAGAGAGCAGCGCAGCGGAAUUGGAAACUGCAUCCAAAGCACAAGCAGCCGUACCAGAUCCCAAGCCCAAAGUCCGCAAGUCACUCUUCUCCGUCCAGCAAGAAGAACCAGAAGAACCAGAGCCCGUGCAUCCCAAGGAAAACUACGAACAUCCUCCAACAGCAACAACAACAACGGAAUCGGCUUACGAAGAACCAUCACCCCAGCCCUCGGGCCAAUCCACCCUCUCGACAAUAGCCUCAGAUCUAAACCUUACCGCAGCCCAAAAACGUCAUCUCUUCGGCCGCAAUGGCAAAGACGUCUCUAUAACACACUUUGAUAUGGACUCGGAAUACGCAAACAACGAGAAGAUGCGACAAGCAGGAGAAGUCACCCAGCAUCGCGCUGUCAAAGCCGUGGCACCAGGCAAGCACAGUCUACAGCAGUUGGUCAACAAUGCAAAGACACAGAGGGAUGGACUGGAGGAUGCGUGGGCUGAGGGGAGGAAGAAUCGCGGAGAAGGGAGUGCAAGGUAUGGCUGGGGAAAGUAG